GUUUGAAUGCUAUAACACUUGAACGAACUGUACUUUCAGAAUCCAAACCACGCGCCACCCCCCAGAACAAUGUCCUCCACUGCCGCCACUGCCAGUAUAUCCACAACGUCUCUCACAACACAUCUCACUAUUCUCGCUUUCCUUUCCGCCACCACCGUCUACUGCUUCUAUAAAUCCAGCCGCCUCCGCCACCUUAAACUAUCCUCCCCCUCCACAAACCCUAAUCUCUCUUCUGCUACUCGAAAAGGAAAACUAUUCUUUAUCUCUCAAACAGGCACCUCUAGGACUCUAGCUCAACGUCUCUUCAACCUAUUGACCUCAAAUAACCUCCCAUUUGAACUUGUUGACCCAAACGUCUAUGAGCCCGAAGACCUCCAUCAAGAAAACCUAGUUUUGAUCAUUGCAUCGACAUGGGAAGACGGAAAUCCUCCAUCCAACGGCGUUUUCUUGUCGAAUUGGUUGUCGGAGAGCGCUGAGGACUUCAGAGUGGGGUCACUGUUGCUUAGCAAGUGCAAAUUUGCUGUAUUUGGGGUUGGCAGCCGAGCUUAUGGAGAUAAUUUUAAUGCAGUCGGAAGAGGGUUAUCAACGAAAAUGCGAUCUCUUGGAGCAUCGGAGAUUUUGCCUCUUUGUGAAGGGGAUGUUGAUGAGGGUGAAUUAGAUAAGGCCUUUGGUAUUUGGAGUAAAGAAGUGAUUAAAGUUUUAAAAGCAGGUGAAUUGAGGGGAAAUGGGAAUGAUUUAAUUGAGGAAAAUGGUUAUGAGAUGAUCGAUGGAUCAGAUUACGAAGAUGAUGAUGAUGAUUACGAGGAUGAAGAUGAAGAAAAUGGGAUGGAAUCUGAUAUUGUUGAUUUAGAAGAUAUUGCAGGCAAAGCACCUUCAAAGAAAGAUAUGGGAGCAAUCACAAGUAAUGGAAAAAAGAAUGGGCAGAAAGAAAUGGUAACUCCAGUGAUCAGGGCUAGCUUGAAAAAGCAGGGUUAUAAGAUUAUUGGUUCACAUAGUGGUGUUAAAAUAUGUCGGUGGACUAAAUCUCAACUCAGAGGACGUGGAGGUUGUUAUAAGCACUCCUUUUAUGGAAUCGAGAGUCACAGGUGCAUGGAAGCAACACCAAGUUUGGCAUGUGCAAAUAAAUGUGUCUUCUGUUGGAGACAUCACACUAACCCUGUUGGAAAAAGCUGGCAGUGGAAGAUGGAUGACCCUUUGAUGAUUGUGAAUUCUGCCUUAGAAGAACAUAAGAAAAUGAUAAAACAAAUGAAAGGAGUUCCAGGUGUUACAGCAGAGCGCCUAUCAGAGGGUUUGUUACCUAGGCAUUGUGCCUUGUCACUUGUUGGGGAGCCUAUUAUGUAUCCUGAGAUCAAUUCACUUGUGGAUGAACUCCACAAAAGGCGAAUUUCCACUUUUUUAGUGACAAAUGCACAGUUUCCAGAAAAGAUUGUGUCACUAAAACCCAUCACACAGUUGUAUGUUAGUGUAGAUGCUGCAACAAAGGACAGCAUGAAGGCAAUCGAUAGGCCACUUUUUGGGGACUUCUGGGAGCGCUUUGGUGAUUCAUUGAAAGCUUUGAAAGAUAAGCAACAACGAACAGUGUAUCGUUUGACACUUGUUAAAGGAUGGAACACAGAGGAUGUGGAUGCCUAUUCUUCCCUCUUUGGCAUUGGAAACCCUGAUUUUGUUGAAAUCAAAGGUGUUACCUAUUGUGGAACGUCAGCCACAUCAAAGUUGACUAUGGAAAACGUGCCAUGGCAUGCUGAUGUGAAAGCUUUUUCUGAAGCCUUGGCUGAAAAAAGCAACGGGGAUUAUGAGAUUGCUUGUGAGCAUGUGCACUCGUGUUGUGUUCUUUUAGCAAAAGUGGAUAAGUUCAAGAUUAAUGGUCAAUGGCAUACAUGGAUAGACUAUGACAAGUUUCAUGACUUGGUGGCAUCGGGAGAACCUUUUGGUAGUAAUGACUAUAUGGCCCCUACUCCAUCUUGGACCGUUUAUGGAGCCAAUGAAGGCGGGUUUGACCCGGACCAGUUGCGAUAUAAGAAAGAGAGGAAUCACAAAUCCACCCGUUGACUUUUCUUUCACCAGGAUUCUACAUUGUUGCUGCAAUAUUGUGGUUUUGAAAGCAAGUCAACCACAGCAACUAAAGAGCAUUCAUCCUCAUUCUUGUGUGGUGAAAUUUUGGUCAAAGGAUUUUUGAAGGUAGAGUUUUGAUAGAGCUUUUGGAUUUAUCGAAAAGCUUUAGUUCCGAUAUUUAAUGUGUGGAUAAUUCAUAAUUCUAUAGGUGGUUUUGUUUGAAGGAGGUGUUUUUUAGGGAAAAACUAUAAUAGUAAUAGGUAUGUGAACUUUUAAUAAAAUGAUAUUGUCGAUUUACAUUUGAGAGAAGAGCAACUGUUGAGUAUUUGUAAUAGAAAUGGACCUUUUUAUGAGGAAAGAAGUAGCUAUCAUUCCUUUUGAUGCUUGUUUGAUCA